GCUGAGAACGAUUAUGUUUUUAUAAAUUCUACCAGGUCAUCCCUGCACAUAAGGUGUUUGGUUAAAUUCCGCUGAGAAAGAUUUGUUUUUUUUUGUCUGUUAGCUGAGAGAAAUCUUCCUGCUUUCGAUGCUUUACGAAUGAAUGGUAUCUCUCGCAUGGCUGCUUUGAGUUCCCUCGCGUCUAUUCAGUUUAGAGUCUCUGACAUUCUCGGAGCUCGUCUAAAACCUUGUUUCCUCUAUCCAAAUCGAAUGACAAAUAAGUCUGUAACGCCGUUUGUGAUUGAAGCAAGAGGGAAUGCUCGAGUGGAGAGCCCAAAAACCAGGAACAGGAGAAGCAGGAAGAAGUUUACUGGAACACAAACAAAACCAAGGCUUUCAGUCUUCUGUUCAGAUAAGCAACUGUAUGCUAUGUUGGUGGAUGACUUCAACAAAAAGUGUUUGUUCUUCGCUAGUACUUUGCAGAAGUCCAUUCGUGGAGAUCCUCCAUGUUCUGUCAUUGAAGCAGCAAAACGGGUAGGAGAGGAGCUCAUUAAAGCUUCGAUUGACCUCAAGAUUAACGAGAUAUCAUGUUAUGAUCGAAAUGGAAGUGCUCGAGGCGAAAGAAUGCAAGCCUUUGAAAUUGCAAUUGCACAACACGGAUUCUUACCAUAAGAGGUAGUUAAAACGGAAGACAUGACACUUAGAUGCUCACCAAGAGAACCUUUUUCCGGGGACUUUGGAAACUUGAUCUUGGAAGCACAUGAUUUAUCAGG